AUGACGACGUCCUUACUAAACAAUCCAUUCUUCUCCUCCUUUCUCCACAUCCUGUUUUUGCUCCUUCACAUAUUCAACUCUUCUUCUUUCUUUGCUCUAGCUGAACACACUUCCUCCACAACUUCGCUAUCUGGUAAUAAUAAUACAGAAGCUAAGGCUCUUCUCCAAUGGAAAGCCAGUCUUGACAACCAAAGCCAAUCUGUCCUUUCUUCUUGGGUCGGCAUCAGCCCUUGCAUUAACUGGAUUGGAAUCACCUGUGGCAAUUCUGGAAGCGUCACCAAUUUGACACUUGAAAGUUUUGGCUUGAGAGGUACGCUUGAUGAUUUCAACUUCUCGACCUUCCGUAAUCUUUUUGUUCUUGACCUUGCGAACAAUUCUCUUUCUGGAACCAUCCCACAUGAAAUUGGGAAAUUAAGAAACUUAGCUCUCCUUAAUCUCUACGUGAACCAACUUUCUGGCUCCAUUCCUCGAGAAAUUGGGUUGUUAGAGUCUCUCAAUGAACUUAACUUGGCAAGUAAUGUUUUAACCGGUAGAAUCCCUUAUUCCAUUGGAAAAUUAAGAAAUUUAUCUUUCCUAGCUCUGUCUACGAACGAACUCUCUGGUCCCAUCCCUUCUUCUAUUGGAAACUUGACAAACCUAUCUGAGCUUUAUCUUUGGGAUAACAAACUCUCUGGUCCUAUCCCUUCUUCUAUUGGAAACUUGACAAGCUUAUUCCUACUCUAUGUUUGGGGUAACAAACUUUCUGGUUCCAUUCCUCAGGAAAUUAUGUUGUUAGAGUCUCUCAAUUACCUUGACUUGUCGAGUAAUAUUUUAACCGGUAGAAUCCCUUAUUCCAUUGGAAAAUUAAAAAAAUUAUCUUUUCUUGGUCUUUCUUAUAACCAACUCUCUGGUCCCAUCCCUUCUUCUAUUAGAAACUUAACAAGCAUAUCUGAGCUCUAUCUUGGGCAUAACAAACUCUCUAGUCCCAUUCCUCAGGAAAUUGGGUUGCUAGAAUCUCUCUAUCACCUUGCCUUGUCAGGUAACAAAUUUCACGGCCCAUUGCCCUCAGAGAUGAACAAUCUCACCCAUUUGAAGGUUUUGGUUUUGGAUACCAACGAAUUCACGGGUCAUUUGCUGGCAGAUUUAUGCCAUGGAGGAGUAUUGAAAAUCUUUACUGCUUCCCACAACUACUUCUCAGGUUCAAUCCCGGAAAGCUUGAAAAACUGUACUGGUUUACACCGACUAAGACUUGACUGGAAUCAGUUAACAGGAAAUAUUUCUGAGGUUUUUGGUGUCUAUCCACGUCUGCGUUAUAUUGAUUUGAGUUACAAUAAUUUUUAUGGUGAGCUCUCUUCAAAAUGGGGAGAUUGUCGUAACAUGACAAGCCUAAAAAUCUCAAACAAUAAUGUUUCUGGUGAGAUACCACCAGAGCUUGGGAAGGCUACUCAAUUACAAGUGAUAGAUGUGUCAUCAAAUCAGUUAAAAGGAGCUAUCCCAAAAGAUUUAGGGGGUUUGAAGUUGUUGUACAAGCUUCUCCUUAACAACAACAAUCUUUCAGGUGCCAUUCCCUUAGAUAUUAAGAUGCUUUCCAAUCUUCAAUUCCUUAAUUUAGCAUCUAAUAAUCUGAGUGGAUUGAUUCCAAAACAACUUUGUGAAUGCUCGAAUUUAUUGUUGCUGAACCUCAGCGGUAAUAAAUUUAGAGAAAGCAUUCCAGGUGAGAUAGGCUUUCUACUUUCUCUUCGAGAUCUUGAUCUUAGCUGCAAUUUCCUGACUCGAGAGAUACCGAGGCAACUUGGGCAACUGCAAAGGUUGGAAACUCUGAAUGUCUCUCACAACAUGCUUUCUGGACGGAUUCCGAGCACUUUCAAAGACAUGUUAAGCUUAACAACUGUGGAUAUAUCAUCCAAUAAGCUACAAGGCCCGAUCCCCGAUAUCAAAGCCUUCCACAACGCUUCAUUUGAGGCAUUAAGGGAUAAUAUGGGUAUCUGUGGCAACGCCAGUGGUCUAAAGCCGUGCAUUCUUCCAAGAAGCAGCAAAACUGUCAAGAGAAAGAGCAACAAGCUUGUGGUUUUGAUUGUACUUCCUCUUUUAGGAAGCUUGCUUUUAGUGCUUGUUGUGAUUGGAGCUUUAUUCAUUCUCUGCAAAAGAGCUAGGAAGAGAAUCGCUGAGCCAGAAAAUGAACAAGAUCGAAACAUAUUCACGAUAUUGGGCCAUGAUGGGAAGAAGUUGUAUGAGAACAUCGUUGAAGCUACGGAGGAAUUCAACUCCAACUACUGCAUUGGCGAAGGAGGAUAUGGGACUGUUUAUAAAGCAGUGAUGCCAGCAGAACAGGUGGUUGCUGUGAAGAAACUUCACCGGUCACAAACAGAAAAGUUGUCCGAUUUUAAAGCUUUUGAAAAGGAAGUUUGCGUGUUGGCAAAUAUUCGACAUCGAAAUAUUGUGAAAAUGUAUGGAUUUUGCUCACAUGCAAAGCAUUCUUUUUUGGUUUACGAGUUCAUUGAAAGAGGAAGCUUGAGAAAGAUUAUAAGCAGUGAGGAACAAGCAAUUGAGUUAGAUUGGAUGAAAAGGCUAAACGUUGUGAAAGGGGUGGGUGGAGCUUUAUCCUAUCUACACCAUUCUUGCUCUCCUCCGAUCAUUCAUCGAGACAUUACCAGCAAUAAUAUCCUUCUGGACAUGGAAUAUGAAGCACACGUCUCCGACUUUGGCACAGCUAGAUUGUUGAUGCCUGACUCAUCCAACUGGACCUCAUUUGCAGGUACUUUUGGAUAUACUGCUCCAGAGCUAGCUUACACAAUGAAGGUGACUGAAAAAUGCGAUGUCUACAGCUUCGGAGUGGUAACAAUGGAGGUGAUGACAGGAAGGCACCCAGGCGAUCUCAUUUCAGCACUCCUAUCACCAGGAUCUUCGUCAUCAUCGUCGAUGCCACCGAUUGCUCAGCAUACUCUAUUGAAGGAUGUGUUAGACCACCGCAUCUCGCUUCCUAAAAAAGAAGCAGCAGAGGGCGUUGUCCACAUGAUGAAAAUUGCACUUGCAUGCUUGCAACCCAAUCCCCAAUCUCGGCCUACAAUGGAAAAAAUUUCUUUCGAGCUGACAACCAAGUGGCCUCCACUGCCCAAGGCAUUUUCCACAAUAAGUUUGGGAGAUCUCUUCUCAUAGUGUAUAACUACUUCUAUUCGAUUAUCAAUUGGAACGAUAAUUAUUUGUAAUAUGAACUUCAUUUCUUUCAAAUUAUGAUGGCACUGUUUUA